CUGCAACAAUUUGUGCAUCCCCUUCCAUUUGAAGAAAUUUCAUUCCCUUUUGAAUAUUUCAGCAAAAAUUUAUCAUUUCCUUCUGUGAUAAAUCUACAAACCUUUCUUUUCCUUCACCAACAGUUAGAUUCUGUGCCACUCUGAACAUGGCAGCUGCUAGAUCAUUAAGAUUGGUGGCAAGAGCUUGAUUAAUCAUCAAGCCAUGACUGCCAAUGGGAUGGCCUUCUUCUCUACAAAUUUCAUGCUUCAAACCCCCCAUGACCGUGAUGACCACCAACCUCCCACUUCUCUCAGUCCAAUGCUGCCUUCCUGCACACCUCAAGAUUUCCACGGCGUGGCAUCGUUUCUAGGAAAGCGAUCGGUGUCAUUUUCAGGGAUUGAGUUGGGAGAAGAAGCUCAUGGGGAGGAUGACUUGUCAGAUGAUGGGUCACAGGCAGGGGAGAAGAAGAGGAGGUUGAACAUGGAGCAAGUGAAGACUCUUGAGAAGAACUUUGAGUUGGGGAACAAGCUUGAGCCUGAGAGGAAAAUGCAGCUGGCCAGGGCUCUUGGUUUGCAGCCAAGACAGAUUGCUAUAUGGUUUCAGAACAGGAGGGCCAGGUGGAAGACAAAGCAAUUGGAGAAAGAUUAUGAUCUCCUCAAGAGACAGUUUGAUGCCAUCAAAGCUGACAAUGAUGCUCUCCAAUCUCAGAACCAAAAACUUCAAGCUGAGAUAAUGGCAUUAAAAAACAGAGAACCAGCGGAAUCCAUCAACCUCAACAAAGACACAGAGGGAUCUUGCAGCAACAGAAGCGAAAACAACUCCGACAUAAAACUGGACAUUUCGAGAACACCGGCAAUCGACAGCCCUCCCUCGUCUCACCAUCAUCAAAAUCCAACCCUUUUUUCGUCUUCAAUAAUAAGGCCAGCCCAGCUCUUCCAAAACACAUCAAGGACUGAAGCAAUGCAAUGCCAGAAGAUCGAUCAGAUGGUCAAAGAAGAAAGCUUGACCAACAUGUUCUGUGGCAUCGACGAUCAGUCUGCUGCUGGGUUUUGGCCUUGGUUGGAACAACAUCAGUUUAAUUAAGCAAUGAAAUAAUCAAAGAGGCAACAAACCAAAUUACCAUGUUAAUUUCUAUCAGUUUUUAAUUAAAAUAUUCCGUGUUCUUGGUGAUUAGAUUAAA